AUGCUGCGCUACCCGGAUCCCGCCAAGUUAGACCUCUGGGGGCCGUAUGCAAGAUUGGAUGAUCCUGAGGUGACAGGGGCUCUGGUUGCCGCGGCGACAUGCUUUCAAGCUGCUCUUAUUAUUGAACUGGGCCGCUCAGAACAGGCGAACGAGGAGUGCCUAUCCCAUGCCUGCAUCGCCAAGAGCCACAUUCUUUUUACCACUCCGGAGAAGUCCAUGCUGUGUGCCGGAAAGGACACCGUACAAUGUGCAGGUAUUUUGGCAAUGUACACAUCAGAGCUCGACGCUCUCUACGCGGAUACCGAGAAGCUGGCCCAGCAUGACGCUGGCGAAAUACCCGGUCCCGGGGCCGUGGAUGAUGUUGUCAAGGUUGCUGCGUUCACCCGCGCGUCUCUCCUGGCCAUUAGGGGUUGGAUUGCGGAGAAGGUGUCCAACACAGAAAGUUGGUUUGCUCUAUGA